GGGGCGGUUGCCGAUGAGAUGCCGCUGCUGCCCCGGUGGUGGCCGCGCUCCGCUCCCGGCAGCAGCAGAGGCUCUGCCAUGGACCAGCAGCCUGCUGUGCCAGUGUGACUGAGCAUGUCCCUGAGGUGCAGAACUUCCAGUGCCAGGAGAAGACUCGAGGGAGGAGCUCAGGACGUACAGAUCUCUCAGGCUGAGCAGAAGACACAGUGUGAAAGGUAAAUGGAAGAUUUGGAGACUAACCUAAUCCAGACACGAAAAGCAUGUAGAAUAGAGCAAAUGGUAGCAAAAUGGCUUCAUCGCUCUCGAGACAGCGCACCCAGGGGCAGCAUGUCGGCGAUGGACAGCGCCGGGGACAGCGUCGUCCCCCCUGCCAGCCAGGCCAAGCUCACCGUCACCGUGUACAAGGACCUGGUCCUGCAGCACUACGGCUUUGAGAUUUGCCCCAGCCUGCCCCUGACCAUCGCCUCUGUCACCGCGGGCAGCACUGCCGAGAGGAAGCUGCAGCCGGGUGACCAGAUCCUCCGCAUCAACUCCAGGGGGGUGGAGGACCUGUCUGUGGAACGAGCUGCCAGCGUCAUCAGGGACGCCGGCGACGAGCUGCUCCUGACUGUGCUGCGCUGCACGUCCGUCACUUUAAGGACAUCUCCAAACACAGCCACGCCUGAUGCAGGGUUUGGGAGUGACUCUUGCCCUGCUCUGAAGGCAGCUCAGAGCCAAGAGGGUGGACCCAAGUCGUCGUUCCUCACCGAGGAGAAGAGGGCGAGGCUGAAAACAAACCCCGUCAAAGUGCGGUUUGCGGAGGAGGUGCUGCUGAACGGGCACUCACAGGGGAGCUCCCUCCUGUGCAUGCCCAACGUUCUCAAGGUGUACCUGGAGAACGGACAGACGAAGGCGUUCAGGUUCGAGAGGAGCACCACUGUGAAGGACAUCGUGCUGACGCUGCAGGAGAAGCUGUCCAUCCGCAGCAUCGCCCACUUCGCCCUCGUGCUGGAGGAGCAGUACAACCUGGCCAAGAUCCACCUGCUGCACGAGGAGGAGCUCAUUGCACAGGUUGUACAGAGAAGAGAAUCUCAUGACUACCGGUGCCUCUUCAGGGUGUGCUUUGUCCCCAAGGACCCCUUGGACCUCCUGCAGGAAGACCCAGUGGCCUUUGAAUAUCUGUACCUACAGAGCUGCAGUGAUGUGCUCCAGGAAAGGUUUGCUGUGGAAAUGAAGUGCAGCCUGGCGUUACGUCUGGCUGCUCUGCACAUACAGGAGAGGAUCUAUGCGUGUGCUCAGGCACAGAAAGUGUCCUUGAAAUACAUUGAGAGGGACUGGGGAAUCGAAAACUUCAUCUCUCCCACCCUGCUUCGAAACAUGAGGGGGAAGGACAUCAAGAAAGCCAUCGGGUACCACCUGAAGCGGAACCAGCUGCUGCUGGACCCUCGGCAGAAGCACCAGCUCACAGCAACCCAGGUGCGCCUGAGCUACCUGCAGAUCCUGGGAGAGCUGAAGAUGUAUAGUGGGAAGAUCUUCAAUGCCACCAUGAUGCUGCAGGACAGGGAGUCAUACGUGGCACUGCUGGUGGGUGCCAAGCAUGGGGUGAGCCAGAUCAUCAACAGCAAGCUCAACAUUGUCACAAGCCUGGCCGAGUUCCCCAGCAUCAGCAGGGUGGAGCUCAGCGAGGAGUCCGAGAGAGUCAGCACGGUCAAGAUCUACCUGCAGGACCUGAAGGUGCUGACUCUGCUGCUGGAAUCAAACAGUGCAAAGGAUCUCGUCUGCCUCAUCAUCGGCUACUACAGACUCUUUGUGGAUGCAAACACCUCCAUAUUUACGUGGGCAGACAAAAACCAGCAGCUGCACCGUGUCUCAGCUGAAGAAGGGUACGAAUCUCGAGCCUGCAGUGACUCUGAAGACUCCUGGGAGCUGGAAUCCUCCUCGGACCGUCGCGGGGACCACCCCGCGGAACAGGGCAGCGAAGAGAGGCCGGGGGAGCCUCGCAGUCCCGGGGGGAACGGCACCGACCCGCGGGACGGGGGUGACAAUGCCACGGACAGCACGUCCGAGGCGUCCGACUCGGCCAACUCCGAGAGCCGGGGGUUCAAGACAAGCGGCUCCAGCGACUCCAUGGAAGCGCUGGAGCAAGAUGAGUUGGAAGCGUGUUCCUCCUCCGGGCCAGAGCUGUUCCACUUCUACACGCCGACCGUGCAGGAGAUGAACAGCUCGGACAGGAGCUUCGUCCCUGUGUGUGCAGCGGGGAGCCCCGACGGGGCGGGGGCCCGGGACUACUUUUGCUUCCUGCAGGUGCCGGCGGCAGAGGGGCCCGGGGGCAGCCCUUCCGAGCAGGGCGCGGGGGCGAGCGCGCUGGAGACGCGGCUGUCCGAGAUGGAUACCGCGGGCUACUACAGCCUGUGCUACGGCACAUCCUCCGCCGGCAGCGCCCGCCCCGCGGGGCACGGACACCUCGUCCUGGAGCCACCCCCGGGCUUCGGCGACUCCAGCUCCGAGGAGGAGUUCUACGAUGCCGCCGACAGGCUCAGCCCUCCAGGCGCGCUGGCAGGCUAUGAUAUGACAUCCCAGGAGAGUACAGAGAACUCCUCCUGCAUCCCCAAGAGACUGAGGUGCUACAGCUUGGGGGAGGACCCAUCAACAGGGCAGACAGUGAGGGAGAAGCACAGGGGGGAGAAGGAGCUGAUGUAUGCCAAGAGCCUGAGGAAGAGAAGGUCUUUCCUGAAAACCACUUACACCUCCCAGGUCAGUUUCCCCUCCAUGGGGACCAGCCUCCUCCUCCGUGAGGACACGGGGAAGGACAUGGACACGGGGCUUCCUGUGGCCACCCAGGCCCAGAGGGACGUUGCUGGCACAAAUUCCUGCUGUGACCCGAUGGAGAUGGAGCCUGACACCAUGGAGACAAAGUCGGUGAUGGAAGGAGUGGUUUCAUCCAUUUUGGCGGUUCGCUGUCCUGGUGACCAGCGUGGGGGGGAAGACAGUGGCCUCCCACCAGAACACCCCCCCUUGCUGUCCGCAGAGGAAGAGGAGUUCCUGCCCAAAGGACAGAGCGAAGCUGCCCAGGAAAGUUCCCCACUGGAGACAGAACCCAGGGCACUGAGCCAGGGAAGCCGUGUGCCCACUGAGGGCUGGCUGGCCCAAGGGGCGCUGGAGGAGGGGGACGAGGUGAUGGUCACCCAGCACAAGGCUGGCACUGUGACCCCAUCCUGUGACCAGGAGGGGACCUGCCCUGCUGACGAACUCUUGCUGCCACCACUGGCUCCUGGCCCCAGUGUGGCCCCUGCCCAGGAGGUGGCCGAGGACCAGGGGCUGCUCCCGGCUCCCUGUCAGAAGAGCAGAGCCGGUGGCAGCUGCUGUGCCGAUGGCAGCAGUGACGUGCCCGAGUCCUGGGCGAGGAGCCCACAGGUGGUGAAUGGGGUGGCCCUGCGGAAAGUGCACGAGGGCCACGUGGGGUUUCCAGACGCAGCCCAGCUCCUGGCAGACUGUGGUGCCUCUGGGGUUCUCACCCGCCUCUCCUGGCUCUCGUUUGGGGUGAGGACAGACCUCGCAUCAGUCAGUCUGGCACAGGACAGGGUGAAUGUCCCACUCGAGCCUUUGGCCUCUCAGAGAACCAGUGGGUGCACAGGGGCUGAUGUUGUGGGAAGGGAGAUGCCAACAUCCCCAGCUGGAGCAGGCUUUGGGCGGGAGCUGCUGAGCAGCUCGGGGCUGGGUGAUAGUGAUGGGGAGCCCAGAGGACACACAGGGAAUGUGGCUCAACAGCAGCCACAGCCUGCACAGGCUUCUUUUCCCAGGGAACAGGCUCCUGAGGUGGGGAAGGACUCCUGCCUGGCUCCAUCUCCUGGGCUGUUUAACUCCUCAGGCCCAGUUUCCUUGGGCUUGUUGGGGAAAGAGGCAGGAGACCACAGGGCUGUGAAACACUCCUUCCUCUGCUUUAACGAGGAGGAGGGUGAGCAGACCCCUUCCUGCCCCAUCCUGGCGAGGCCCCGGAGCUGUUCCCCAGCACAGAGCUCUCUGUCCCCACACGGCACCAACAGCUGUGGCUGCCGCCUGCCCUACAUCGGCUGCUUCCACCAGCCUGACAAGGGGGAGCACGAAACCAGCCCCCCUCCAUUUCUGGGGCCCCUCACCACCCCUCCAGCCAGCAGCUCCAGCCUCCCCGGGACCCCUGUGAGCGGGUUCCCAAUGUCCAUUGCGGGGGACGUGGCCGGGCGGGACCCCCAUGUCCAGGCGCUCGGGCAGCUGAAGGACCAGGCGUGGCUGAGCCCCGCGGAUUUCUCCCGCUUCCUGGCCUACACUGCGGAGCUCCAGGAGGUUGUGGGGAAGCUCUCCGGGAACCAGGCCACCCACCUGCAAGAUCAGUGCACAGAGCAGGGUGCAGACAGCAAGGGUGCCCUGGGCUGGGCCUCCCGGGACCUGCUGUCCAGCUGCCAAGCGCUCCUGAGCACGGAACAGCCUCUCACGGAGGUGCAGCGGGCGCUGAGGGCGACGUUUGACCGCCUGGUUCACCUGGCAGUGACCUGCUUCCAGGUGACUCACUGCUGGCGCUGCAGGCAGAGGCAGCGGGAGCUGGGGGCCGCGCUGGGGGACGUGGUGGGCACCUACCAGGGGCUGGUGCAGGCUGUCCACCAGCAGCUCCACGGGCAGGGCUGCCCGGAGCUGGGGGCCAAGCUCCUCGCCCGCCAGCACAUGGCCCUCUCAGCUGCCAUCUUCUGUCUCCUGCAGCAGUUCAGGGCACCCCCCUGGCUGUGACAGGCUGGGUGGGGGGCACACGACAGCACGGGGGGGACAGAGCCCAGCCGUGUGCCCUCUGUCCACCUCAGGCUCUCCCCCAUGGCCAUGUGCAGCCCCACAGCCCCAGGAUGGCCAUGGGAGGACACGUCUUUCACAAGAGGUGCCACGGGGAGCUGGGCUCCCCAAGAGAUGCUGUGCCCAAGGGUGCUCUCAGAGCACUGCAGUGGCGUGUGUGUCCUGCCCAAGGCUCAUCCCUCACCUCCCAGCGGCCAUGCAGGUGUCCUCUCUCAGGGGGUUGUCUCAGCCACAUUCUGUCACCUGUGGGGAAGGACAGGACCCUUUUGGCCUACCUUUCACCCGCUCCUGGAUUCCCAGGCAGGCUCUGGGACAUCAAACCCCACCCUGGCCUAAUGUGAAGAACCUCAGGUGGCUUUGCCCACCUUUUGUGGCCAAGGGAACGCAGUGAUCCCAUAUUCAAACACUUUUCCAUGUGAGGGCAGGAAGGGUUGUCCCAGGCUGGGGAGGUAGCACCAUCUCCCUCUCUUCCACUGCAAUUCCUGUGUCAGCAGCAACUCUCUUUCUGUUUGGUGAUGCAUGAGGCAGUCCCUGACUGACUCCCCAGCCCCGUGCUACUCACAGCUCUGGGUCUGCCAGAAGGAACCAGCAAGCCCCAACACCGAAAUGCCACUGUCAGAGCUGUGCAGUGACCCUUCCAUAGCCUCCAUGGGCAAGGACCAGCCUCUGUCCCCACUCCCACCAGGUGCAGCUCACCCUGGCCAGGUAUGAGCUGUGAAGGUGGUCUCACUUUGCAUCUCCUGAGAGGCAGCACUGCAGUGCUUGCCCAAGGGGGUCACCUCCACCUCCAGCUUGCCAAGAGCCCCCAGGUCACAGCCACCACUGACACCACAACACCCUGGGCCCCUGUUGUGGGUUAACCUGGGGAUAAGCAGAGGUUAACCCCUGGCUGGGGUUAAACCACAACAGCCUCCCAACUGCUGUUGCUGGGGCCCCUCUGACAGCCUCACCUGGGCAGAACCCCAGGUGUGAGACACUCUUGCUGUGAAAAGAAAUGAAAACACAUAACCAUAGUUACCUCAGACGGCCCUCAGGUCUCACUGCCAGUGGCCGUGAGGCUUUGGGUCUCUUUUGGCAGCAAUGGCUGAGGUAACACAUCGACACAGCUGCAUGAACAUGCUUCCUGCUGGGGCUGUGGGACGUGUCCCUGCUCUGUGCAGGGCACAGCCCAGCCCAGGUACCUCCCAGCAGGACACACCUGUGCAUGUCACACAUGACAAGGUACCACACAUAGUAACUGUAAGGACACAAUGGGGAUCUAAACGUUUUAUUUUAGAUUAGAUGCAUAGAACUAGCUACAGGCUUCAACAACUCACCAAGUCUUCAAGUGGGUUUAAGUUGUUGGGACAUGGUGCCCUUGCCUCCCAUCCUGCAUUCUCCUGUGGGAGCAGCACUGUCCUGUCCCAUGGGAAGGGAUUUUCCUCUCUCAUAAGCUUUGCAAUCCUAACUUCACCUUACUCACUGUUUAACUAAAAUGAAGGAAACACAUCAAAGCUCUCCUCCCUGUCCCAGAACAAGUGUAGGUGCAGGAGUCAAAAACAAACAGCUGCAAGGAAGCAAAACUGAAUUCACGUCAGUUUUCACUGAUCCCAGGCUCCACCAGCUCUUGUUCCUUGCCCAGGGGGAUGGGGGUUGUCUGGCACUGCUGAGGUAGAAGGUGUUGCUCUGAAAAGGUCCCUUGCUCUGACAAGCGACUGUGCUCCCUGUGCCCAGUCACGCUGGUGCCUCCUGCCUGUGCAGCUCUUCACCACAAAAUAAAAUUUCCUUUUUUCCUUGGGCGGUGCUGUGCUGGGCUGUUUCCACCUGUUCCACUCCCUCCCGUAGCACGAAGCCUUUUCCAGAAGAGACUCCAGCCUUCAGGGCCACUGGCCAGCUCCGCAUCUCGUAGUAGGUGCACAGGAUGUCAAAGACUGUCAGGAGCAGAGAGGUGUUGAGUCACACGCGUGCUGUGACACCUGUGCCAGCAGCUCUACACACCCACCAAACACCAGGGAGGGGUGACAGCUGACCCAGAGAGGGUCCCCCCCUGUAACACCUGAAGAGUCUGUGCCACAGGGAGCCCAUCUAGGGGCAGACAGGUAUUUUGGAGAGGACUUCAGGGAGCUCUGGGCAAAGUGGAGUCUGUGUCAACUAUAGCCAAGGUGCCUUUGGUCACUGUUUUGCCUGACCUGUGCCACCCGUCUGUGUGGAUGAUGGUACCCCCUGUAUUGGGCCACACCUGCUGUGCUCCCACCAUCACUCCUGGGUGCUGAGACCCCACCUCAGGGCUCCCCUGGGCACACAGAGCCCCCAGCCACCUCAGGGGCAAGAACUUCCUAGAGCUGGCCCAGGACAUGAGCCCAUCUGCAGUCACCUUGCAAUUCCACCUUGCAAUCCUCUGCUGUGACCAAGUGUGCCAGCCCAAGGUAGUACAGGACACCAACACCCUCCCUGGACCGAGCCUGGCACAGGCCCCUGAACUCCCACCCUCCCAACAACAGCCCCCCAGCACCCCCCCACCAGAUUGUGCCCUGCCUCAUGCACAGCUCCCCCAGGGAGCACACAGACCUCAGAACAGGGAUCAGCAGGGAUCACACCACACUCCAGCGUGUCCCCCCAGCCCCGGCACAGCCCCAGAGCAGCCCCUCACCCUGGUUGAUGGCCAGUGUCUCUGAGUGGUAGUUCCUGGAGUUGGGGGCUUUCACCAUGUACUCACGGAUGGGGAGUCGGGCUGUCUGCAGGCACUGCUCCCGUGCCCUCUGCAGGGUCAGCUGCUGCAGGGACACACAGACACGCUGCCACACGGCCUCACACACGCGUGGCACAAGCAGCUACAGAGCCAAAACCUGCCCUGGGCCUCGUGGCACCUGCACUGCUGCGGCCUGGCCCAGCCCACUGCUGGGUCUGGGCAGGAUUUGAGGGAGGAGGGAUGCUGGUGGCAGCAACCUGACUGGGAUAUCUCUGCUCUCGUGAGGGAAUGGAGCAGGCAACACCCACCUUGUGAAUGCUCUCGUCCACCAGCCCUCCCAGCACGUACACCUUAUCUGGAUCGAUGUCUUCAAGGACUAGGAAAAGGACAUUGGCUCAGCCCCACACAGCAGUGAAUCCUGCAAGAUGCUGCUCUCCGUUGCCUAAAGCAUGUGAAAUAUGUACCAUUUUCAGAGUCAGGAGUGAGAUAAACAAUGGCAUCCAAAGGAAAUAGGUCCAGGUAACUCUCUGGAGUUGUAUCCAUCUGAAAAACACAAGGCAGGGAGAGGAGCAGCCCAUCAGCUCAAGGUCUAUCUGCCAGAACAAAUAACCCCCCAGACACAGAUAUCCUGGGACUGACAAUGCUGUUUGGACGUAUAAAUGCCUACAGAAACACUGGCUUUGGGUUUUCCUUUUUCAAUUGGAAAAUGGUUCUGUGUGGGCACUGAACACUACAUAUCUCAAAUUCCAUUAAAUUCUCUCCUCA